GGUCAAAAAGAGAACAGACAAUAAUCAUGUCUCAAGAACUUACCAUCCCUCAACGUGUAAACCACAUUAAACGUGCUUGGGCAGAAGGUAGACCUGCAUUCGGUAUCAUCACCAAAGCUCCUGGUUUGAGUCUCGUUAGGACUUUAGCAGGUUUGAAACGAUAUGGACUUGAUUUCAUUGUGACGGAUAGUGAACAUGGUAAUUACCAUGAAUCUGAGAACCAAGAUACUUUUCAUGCUAUUGCCUCUCUUGGUGUUUCCCCAAUCGCACGUUGUCCAGGUAUGGGAAGUGAAGCGUGGGGGAUUCGCGUUGCCCUUGAUGCUGGUGCUCAUGGGAUCAUGAUUCCUCUUCUUGGUUCUAAGGCAGAAGCACAAGAUGUAGUCUACCGUGCUAAAUACCCUCCUCUAGGUGGUAGAACUUCAGGUGGUUCAUUCCAUACUCAAGCAUUCCAUUUAGAACCACAUGGAAGAACUUUGACGCAAGAAGAAUAUUGGAAAUAUGCCAACGAUUCAACUUUGGUCAUACCGAUUAUCGAAACUAAAGAAGGUUUGGAGAACAUCGAAGAGAUUGUUUCCGUUCCUGGUCUUGACGCAAUCUUCAUUGGUCAAUACGACCUCGCCCUUUCAUUAGGCUCUCUCCCUCAAUCAGCACCAGAAGUUAUCAAUGGUGUCGAACGUAUCUUCAGAGCUGGUAAAGCUGCCGGAGUUCCGGUGAUCGCUUGGGCUCCUGGUGAUCAAGCUAAAGCAGCGGCGGAAGAAGGAUACGAAGGUGUUAUUUUAGGUUUGGAUAUGAGUUUGUUGACAAAAGCUUUUUCGGAAGAAUUGGGGAAAGCCGGUGCGAAGAGGUUGUGGUAGAUAUCAUCCGUCUUGUCUCUCCAUCUCUUUUUGCCUUGCGUAUUUUCGAUGAAAUGUUGGAUUCAUCGAGACUUUCUGGGAUAAUAGGAAAGGAAGUGGGAAGGUGAACGAGGGACAGUGAAAGGGGGAAAAGGUGACGGAUGAGGACCUAAAUGAUUAGAAGGCUUAUCGGGAUAAGGGGUAGUUAGUAGACGAAUGUUUCGGAAAGAAGUAGAGAAAUAUGUGGAUCAGCGGAAAAAUGAAAUAUACACAUCUUGCAUGUACCGAUGCCAAUUCUAU